GAUGACAUUCUGAUGAUGCGCAGGAAAAUUUCUCAGAAUCCUCAUUUAAUUUUGAAUGAUAAGCAAUUAGAGUACUAUGCACUUGCAGAAAUCCACGCAUUGCUGAAAUCAAUUGGGAAAUCCAUCAAAGAUUUUAAGCAACUGCCACAGCCUCCUGCAAUGUAUCUUGACUUUGCUGAUAAUAAUCUGAUCAUCGAGGAAACCAGCUAUGACACCCAAGAAAUGGCGGAGCUACAUAAAUCUCUAAUUUCAAGCUGUACUGAUGAACAACUGGACAUCUACAACACCAUCAUGAAGUCCGUUGAAAACGACGAAGGCCGUCUUUUUUUUGUUCACGGCAGUGGAGGUUGUGGCAAGACUUUUCUCUGGAAGACACUAAUUUCUAAAGUCCGUUCUGAGAGUAAGAUAGUUCUGCCAGUUGCAAGUUCAGGCAUUGCAGCCACUCUCAUGCCUGGAGGUAGAACGGCUCACUCAAGGUUUAAAAUUCCUAUUGUGUUGGAUGAGUAUUCAAUGUGUAACAUAUCACAGCAGUCUGAUAUAGCCAAGCUUAUCCAACAAACAAGCCUCAUAAUAUGGGAUGAAGCACCAAUGCAACAUCGUUAUGCCUUCGAGUGUCUUGAUCGUUCUUACGUGAUUUAAUGAAAUCAGUGGAUGCCAAACGUUUUCAAAUGCCUUUUGGAGGAAUUACUGUUGUUUUGGGUGGGGAUUUUAGACAGAUACUACCAGUGAUUCCCAAAGCUUCGCAGGCUGAGGUGUUGGCAGCAUGUAUAAUACGAUCAAAGUUGUGGACUAAUGUCCACUUACACAGUCUCACCAAAAAUAUGCGCAUACAUAAAGGUACAAGUCCAGAUGAGGC